GGAUUAUUCACUCAAACCAGUUGUUCAUGCAACGGUCUGUAACAACACUAGUAGUGGUCACCGCGCUUGCUCGCAUACGCCACGGAAAUCGGCAAGCUAAUGGGCCUUGAAGCCACAUGACAAGAGCCACAAUCCCGUUUCUUCCGUACGGCCCCCCCCUGCACCAAUCGGACAUUUGCAUGCGCCAUCCCAGCCAAACUAAUCCAGGGAAAAAUGUGGCGCCGCCUGCAAAAUUACUGCAAACUGAUGGCGCGGCCAGUCAAGCUUUGUGAAGUGUUUAGUGCUGUUGGUUCCAUGUGGCUCAAGAGUGGCUGACGCAUGCCGUGGGGAAAGGGUCGGGAGCUAUUAUAUAUGGCGGUAGGCUUCCCACCGAGAUGUGGCUGUGAAGCGUCUCUCUCGAACAAAGAUUACUACUUUGGGUCCAGCGCCUUUUUUUUUAAUAUACCGAUCAAGCAAUCAGGUCUCAUAUCGAGUUAGCACCGAGAUCUUGCGCUAAAAUGGCAUUCGACGCCUACCUUCAACGCGCAGACGACUACAUCACGAAACAAAUUCAAAAGUUCGAGCAACAGAAGCGCGGGAACAGAUCACCGCCUCGCGCAAAUGGAUAUCAUCAGAUGAGCCAAUCACGACAGCACGGGUGUAUGUCAUCGCAAGGAGGAUACCCCGGAAGCCCGGCUCCUACCCAUGACCGACAUCACCCACCUCCCGGAUCCAUGUUGCCAGCCGGUUGGAUUCAAAACUAUGAUUCGCACAGCCAGCGAUGGUAUUACGUCGACACAACAACAGGAAGAAGCCAAUGGUACCCCCCUUCUUCCGAUCCACAACGUGCAGCAACCUUCCAGCCCGACACUCGUAUGCCCAAUCCCUACGACCAAUCGAAUCUCCGCAUGAGGUCAAAUUCUCAGCCUCAACGCCCAGAAAUGAAUGAAGGAGGUGGACAGUUCUUGGAUUUGAGACAGAAUGGCAAUGCUGGUCCAAGUCCCAGGGUCACGUCCAUGCAACUAUCCCCAGGCGCGCAUUACGAUACGAAGACUGGUAAGGUCGUUCAUAGUAUGUUUCCUGAGGGACAGACGGUGCAGGGCUGGUCACAGGAGAUACAGAGGAUAUGAGUGUGAAAAUUGCAUGAGCUUGCAUUGGAAGCGGGUCAAUGGUGUUUUGAGGCGAAAAGAAUGACGACACGGGCGUUGGGAUAGUUUGAUAGUAUUUUAUCACAUGAGAAUAGCAUGAUGUAGUUUAGCGGUUUCUUUUUACAGAAAUUUAGAGUUUCAUACUGUUCGUGUUCCCACGUGCGCUUUCUCAGUUAGUCUUGAGCUUUUGUUUCGUUCAUGGCUUUCGUUUUUUUAACUAGGUAGAUAGCUUCGAACAUUAGAUGUUAGUCUGAUUGGUACAUGGAUCGAAAAAAAAGUUG